UGCAAAUAUGAUGGGAGUACUUGGUGCUCUAUGUUUUAGUAGUUUACUUCAUGAAUACCUUAUUAUUGGAAUAUCAAAUAUUUGGACGGGUGAACAUUUCUUUUUCUUUAUGAUUCAUGGUGUAAUAUUUAUUUUAUGGGAAAUUGUGUUUGGUUAUGAGAAAAAAAAUGAGAUUACAAAGAUUAAGAGGUUCUUAAAAUGGAUUUUGUUAUUAACUAUUAAUUUAAUGGUUUUACCAGCAUUCGUUGAACCCAUGAUAAGAAAAAACAACAUUCUUCCUAAAUCAUAUCUCGCUAAAUAUUAUACUAAUAAUUAAUAGAAACUAUAUAUAGAUUUAUUUACAUAUUUUAUUAUUUUUAUUAUUUUU